UGGUGCAGCGUAUUCAUCCAAACACGCGUUUCUCGUGACUCGUGCUUCAGCGAAAAUGGCGCCAUUUCAGGUUUUCGAAGGGAAAAUGUUGCCCCCUGUUCUUCGCAUUGUCGCUGGUCCACGCAAGUCUCUGAAAGUCGGGCUCCGUCCUUGAGAAGUCUCGACUACUACUGUAGCUAGUGCAAUAGGUGUGGUGGUGCCAUGCCGCCAUUCCCCAUUGCGUCGCCAACAACUGGCAACUCCAAUCCACCAGUCGUAAGCCCAGAUCCAUCGGCAACGAGAUCGGAACCUAAGACGCCAUUGUCUGAGAUUGACAGUCAAUUCCAGCAGAUUGGUUGCCUGGGCCAUGGUGGCUUUGGCAGUGUCUUUCUGGCGCAAAAGCCAUCCGGUCGCCGAGUGGCUCUCAAGUUUUGUGAAUUGAAUAACGAUGACGAUGACGACCGCAACGAGAUGCUGCAACGAGAAAUUGAUGCCGUCAUUCAGUUGGAGUGCACAAGAUCCAGCGAGGGAUUGGCCAUUGUGUACUUUGAGGAUUGGUUCAUUGGUGACAACUACGCUUGCAUUGUCAUGCAACAUGCGGAUGGAGGAACGUUGUCGCAAGAAAUUCUGGCCAAACAGGAGCGAUUGGAUCAAGGCCACAAUGGAGAACCCUACACGGAACGACGAAUCGCCUCCUACGCUCUCCAGCUCAGCUCAGCCUUGCAUCACGCUCACAGCCGGGGUGUGGCUCAUUUUGAUAUCAAAAGUGCCAACGUGCUAAUUGAUCGAACGGGUGGGGGAAGACUACUAUUGGCGGACUUUGGCAGCGCCGUGUCCCCAGGAGGAGAACCAGAAAACUUUACAGAAAUAUACGCCUCUCCGGAGUUGCAGAGAGCACAUGCCCACGAGGACUUUUCCGCAUUGGAUCCGACAAAGGUGGACAUGUUUGGUCUGGGGUGUAUUCUGUACGAGCUGAUUUGUUGCAAAAAGCUGGUGGAUUUGACGGGCGAUCAAACCUUGGCGGAGUUCAUUGUGGAGAAACAAACUGCGGAAGCGACCCUUGCUUUGCCAUGCGUUCGCCUUCCAUUUCUGCCAGAACAACAAUCGUCUCAGAACCACCAGCAGCAAGUUGGAUACUCGCAUUUUUUGAAAAGCAUGGUCACAAAUCUUUUGGAACUGCUUCCUAAUGUGCGCUCUACACCUUUAGUGCUGCAAAACAUAUUGAAGGAUCCCUCCUACAGCCCUUUGCUCCAAGACUGGGUAAUAGCAGCACAACCUCCUCAACCCGGGGCUCCAGUAACAGUCGACAAUAUACAGCUGGGAAUGCUUGUACAACGUGGACCCGAUUGGGCAGACGGCGACUCUGAUGGGGGUAUCCACAGUGUGGGAGCAGUGGUCAAGUUGGAUUGUGAUGCCGGUUACACGGAGGUUGCAUUCCCAUCACAACAACAAAACCCAGAGACUCUUGUCUGCCGCAUUGGAGCAGGCAACAAGUUUGAGCUAGCCGUGGGGCCUCCGUCGGCCGCAGAUUUCCUUGGCAUUCUAAAGGGAGCUAAUCCUGCAGAAUUUGUCAUUGGGCAACGAAUUGACGCGAAUUGCAUGGUAGUUGGUAUCCAAGACAAGACAGUCUUGGUGGCCCCCACGGAGAAGAUAGCCAUCCAGCAACUUCCCUUUCAUCGCCCUCAGCCCGUGGUGCCACCUGUGUUGCUACCAAAGAACCCUCCUCCUGAACCGGAUAAUUGGCAGCAUGGGACCGACACAUUGCCUGAAAUCACUGACGCAUCGGAGCGGCAGCAAGUUUUGGUCGCCUUUACACAGAAUUCAAACUAUGAGAUUGGAUCCAUUCGUCGAAUUCAGAAUCCUGUGCUCUGGAAAUCCUAUGCAGCAGCUCGCGAACGUGUUGCAGCGGAGAAUUGGGGAAUCGCCAAUGAAAAGCGCCUCUUCAUUGGAACAGGCCAAUAUGCACCAGAAACUCUCCAUCGCCACAUCCCGCCACAAUGGUUCUUCUCCAAGUGCGUUACCAAUGCAAACGAUACGCCUUGCUUCAAGGAUGCCAGUGGCGCUGAUCACAACUGUCACCGUUCGACAAACAGCAGUGAUGGGUAUACGAGACAGUUGGUACUUUGUCGUGUUGCCUUGGGUAGGACAAAGACAAAGGAAGGGGGAAACAGGGAGGCGGGUAGUCUUCCCCCGCAUUCUGUGAUUUACCAUUCUGAGACGUCAAACAACAGCAACGGUAAUCACUACGAAGUCAAGCUGUCAAGCACCUGCCAGGCAUAUCCAGAGUACCUGGUCUCUUACAAACUACCCACAACAACUGGUCGCCGUGUGCUCAGAGCAAGGCGCCCUGCACGCCCUGCAUCUGGGCGCGCUCCAUUGCCACCACAACCGAACAGGAACUGGGCAGCUCGUCGAGUUUCAACAAAUCAAGCACCUGUGCCGGCUGCAGCUGAACCUUCGUCCUCGGGACGUGCGUCGCAGCCACUCGCGGCAGGUUCAGCACGGAUUGCGAAACCUUCAGCCUCAGCGCCGAGAAUGGUAUCCCCGCCAGCACGACCCCCUUUGGCGUCCCCUGUGGCAAAAUCAUCCCAUUCAGCCAGCAAAUUGUGUGUAAUUUGCAUGGAAAGGGAUGUAACAAUGAUCCUCAUCCCUUGUGGGCACCCCUGUCUAUGCGAAGCUUGUGGUUCGAAGAAAGUACUUAAAAAGAUGAAGAAGAAAUGCCCCGAAUGUCGAAAACACAUCGAUCAAGUUGUGCGGAUGUACGGGCGGGUAGUCGAGGAUUGAGCACAGUUGUGAUACAAAGGAUUUGUAGUAGUAGGAGUAAAAAUAGCAACGUGGCAAGGAAACUACGAAGUUUCAAACUCGCUGAUGUAGCUCGAACAAUCACCGUCUAAGUUUCAAUCUUUUGGACCUCCUUGGG